CCGCCCUCCCGCCGCCCGCGCCGGGCGCAGCCGCGGCGAAGCGGGGCCGCAGGGCCGGCGCCUUAAGGGAAGAAACAAAGCACUGACUAAAGCUUAACAGGCAAAAGAAGCAGAGCUGAAGAAAGAUUAUCUCUGCUUGCAGUUCUGUAGGUUGCUAAUGGAAACAUUUCACUGAAACUGGACCAAGAUCAGAACCUUGCAAAAACCCACUCAGCAAACUGUCUUGUGUUUGACAGAGAGCUAUUAACAAUUUUUUGAGAUCACAAAAAAAUUUACAAUGGCAAUGCUCUGGAAAUUCAUGAGAGUAGCUAAGUAUUCUAAAGCAGCUUUAUCACYGAAAGUAAAGGUAAGAGGAUUUCCCACCCAUUCAAGACAUUCUUCAUCCAAGUCUGUACCUUCAGAUUUUGCUUCCAGUGCACCCUGCGCAAGUACUGUAGAACUGCUUGGUAAAUCUUAUCCUCAGGAUGACUACAGCAAUGUCACAGAGAAGAUUCUUUCCAAGGUGGGGAAAAACUUGCACAACAGAAAACAUCACCCUUUGUGGCUAAUCAAGGAGCAGGUGAAGGASCACUUCUACAAACAUUAUCUAGGACGCCAUGGGACUCCGCUCUUUUCUGUGUAUGAUGGUCUUUCUCCGGUGGUUACGGUCCAGCAGAACUUUGAUAGUUUACUUAUUCCACAAAACCAUCCCAGCAGAAGGAAGGAGGAUAACUACUACUUGAAUCGUGACCACAUGCUAAGAGCACAUACRUCAGCUCAUCAGUGGGACUUGAUACACUCUGGCCUAGAUGCCUUUCUGGCAGUGGGAGAUGUCUACCGCCGAGACACCAUUGAUAACACCCACUACCCAGUCUUCCAUCAGAUGGAGGGAGUGCGGCUCUUCUCCUGUCACGAGUUGUUCUCCAGYAUUAAAGAUGGUGAAGGUUUACAGCUGUUUGAGCAAGGCCAUCGCACUGCGCACAAGCAGGAGUGUCACACCAUGGAGGCAGUGAGGCUGGUGGAGUUCAACCUGAAGCAAGUGCUCACAAAGCUCAUGACUCACAUCUUUGGUGAUGGACUGCAAGUCAGAUGGGUAGAUUGCUACUUCCCAUUUACUCACCCUUCCUUUGAGAUGGAGAUCAACUUCCAAGGAGAAUGGAUGGAGGUCCUGGGCUGUGGGGUCAUGGAGCAGCAGCUUGUUAACUCAGCUGGUGCUCAGGAUAAAAUUGGCUGGGCAUUUGGCUUGGGUUUGGAGAGGCUGGCCAUGAUCCUGUAUGAUAUCCCUGACAUCCGACUGUUCUGGAGUGAAGAUGAACGCUUCCUGAAACAAUUCAUUGGGCCUCACAUUUGGCAAAAAAUAAARUUCCAGCCACUCAGCAGAUACCCACCUUUGAUCAAUGACAUCUCCUUUUGGCUGCCUUCUGGGACAUACUCUCAGAAUGAUUUCUAUGAUUUGGUUCGAAGCAUUGGUGGAGACUUGAUAGAAAAGGUUGUCCUACUGGAUGAAUUUGCCCAUCCAAAGACAAAGAAGGUCAGCCACUGCUACCGAAUCAUUUACCGGCACCCAGAGAGGACGCUCACGCAGGACGAGGUGCAUCACAUCCAUCAAGCUAUUGAGGAGUCAGCAGUUCGGGAGCUUGGGGUGGAGGGCAGGUUCUAGCAACGCUGCUCUGAAGCCCCAAGGACAGUUGCUUUUUGCUUUUUUUCCUUCCUUUUUUCUUCCUUUUUUUUCUUUUUUUUUUCGGGGGGAUGUAGGUAACAAAUAGAGAGAGGGGUUUUGUGACUGAGCAUAGAAAGUGAUUGAUAAAGGGGCAAUGGUAAAACUAUCAGGUAAUAAACAUUACUACUSAGAAAUCAUUGACAAAAUGCUGGAGCUUUAUUUUGAGGAAUGGGGGAACAGCAGUAAUGCAAGAUCUCCCUCCUGUUACGAAAAGAAUUACAGUGCCUGGUGGUUUUCUGUGUUGUUAAUUGGUCCCUGGGUUCCAUUAAACUGUAAAUACUUGGCAUUAUUUCUGUGUUGACAGGAUGUUCUG